CGGCGGGGGAGGAGGAGGAGGAGGAGGAGGUGCUGGUGUGCUCUCCUUCCACAUCCAGAUCGGUCUGAGCCGGGAGCCGGUGCUGCUGGACGCCGCAGACCUGAGCCUGAGUCAGGUCCGGGAGGUGGCGUGUUCCAUCGUGGACCAGAAGUUACCCGAGUGCGGCUUCUAUGGUUUGUACGAGAAGAUCCUGCUGUUCCGUCAUGACCCGGCGUCAGAGAACGUGCUGCAGCUGCUGCGCUCUGCGUCUCAGAUCCAGGAGGGAGACCUGGUGGAGGCGGUCCUAUCAGCGUCAGCCACAGUGGAGGACUUCCAGAUCCGUCCACACUGUCUCUUUGUCCACUCGUACCGAGCGCCGACCUUCUGCGACCACUGUGGCGAGAUGUUGUGGGGCCUCGUGCGACAGGGACUCAAGUGUGAAGGCUGCGGUCUGAACUAUCACAAGCGCUGUGCCUUUAAGAUCCCAAAUAACUGCAGCGGCAUGAAGAGACGCCGACCGUCCAACGUGUCCCUGACGGGGGGGCUGGUCAACAUAGGGCGCCCCCUGUCUGCAGAGCCAUCCCCGCCUAACUACACCGACGAUGCUUUACUGUCUCCAGUCAGUCCCAGCAUGGAGCAGAAGAACCAGUUGGAGUACUUCCCCGGCAGAGAACGUCGCUCCAGCUCCCAGUCGUACAUCGGCCGUCCCAUCGAACUGGACAAGAUCCUGCUGUCAAAGGUCAAAGUUCCUCACACCUUCCUCAUCCACUCGUACACUCGACCCACCGUCUGUCAGCACUGUAAGAAGCUGCUGAAAGGCCUCUUCAGACAAGGGCUGCAGUGUAAAGAUUGUAAAUUUAACUGUCAUAAACGAUGUGCUGCCAAAGUGCCCAACAACUGCCUGGGGGAGGUGUCAAGAAAUGGAGAGCUUCUCAGUCCGGGGGCGGAGUCUGACGUGGUCAUGGUGGAGGGUUGCCUGGACGACCACGACAUGGACAGAGGCGGCGGCCUGUCGGACGACAUGGACGACGCGCUGACCUCAGAGGGCGGUCUGCUGCUGGAGGCGGGGCCGAGUGACCUCUGUGACCUGCACGACCCCGACCUGGACGAGUCCAACCGAGCCAUCAGUCCGUCCACCAGUAACAACAUCCCUCUGAUGAGAGUGGUGCAGUCGGUCAAACACACAAAGAGGAAGACGAGCAACGUGAUGAAGGAGGGCUGGAUGGUCCACUACACCAGCAAAGACACUCUGAGGAAGAGACAUUACUGGCGUCUGGACAGUAAAUGCAUCACGUUGUUUCAGAGCGACACAGGAAGUAAAUAUUACAAGGACAUCCCUCUGUCAGAGGUCCUGUCUCUUGAACCGGCUCAGAACGUCUCUCUUCUUCCUGAUGGAGCUAACCCUCACUGCUUUGAAAUCGUCACGGCGACGCUGGUUUACUACGUGGGAGAAAACCUGAGAGGCGACUCGACUGUGAGCGGCAGCAGCGUCCUGGUGGGGGGCGUGGGCCAGGAUGUGGCUCGGAUGUGGGAGAUGGCGAUUCAACACGCUCUGAUGCCGGCGGUUUCCACAGGAGUUUCCCACAGUUCACACCACAGUGGACACAAGGAAAUUUCCAUCAGCAUCUCUGUGUCCAACUGCCAGAUCCAAGAGAAUGUGGACAUCAACUCUGUGUAUCAGAUCUUCCCUGACGAGGUUCUGGGCUCAGGACAGUUCGGUAUCGUCUACGGAGGUAAACACAGGAUGUCAGGCCGAGACGUCGCCAUCAAGAUCAUCGACAAACUCCGAUUCCCCACAAAACAAGAGAGUCAGCUGCGCAACGAGGUGGCCAUCCUGCAGAGUCUGCACCACCCGGGCGUGGUCAACCUGGACUGCAUGUUCGAGACGCCGGAGCGAGUGUUCGUCGUCAUGGAGAAGCUCCACGGCGACAUGCUGGAGAUGAUCCUGUCCAGUGAGAAAGGACGACUGCCCGAGAGGGUCACCAAGUUCCUGGUCACGCAGAUCCUGGUCGCUCUGCGUCACCUUCACUUUAAGAACAUCGUCCACUGUGACCUGAAACCUGAGAACGUUCUGCUCGCUUCUGCUGACUCUUUUCCACAGGUGAAACUCUGUGACUUUGGUUUCGCUCGGAUCAUCGGCGAGAAGUCGUUCAGGCGCUCGGUGGUGGGCACGCCGGCGUACCUGGCUCCGGAGGUUCUGAGGAACAAAGGCUACAACCGCUCUCUGGACAUGUGGUCGGUCGGCGUCAUCAUCUACGUCAGUCUCAGCGGGACGUUUCCGUUCAACGAGGACGAAGACAUCAACGAUCAGAUCCAGAACGCGGCCUUCAUGUAUCCUCCUCACCCCUGGAAGAAGGUCUCAGUGGAAGCGAUCGACCUGAUCAACAACCUGCUGCAGGUGAAGAUGAGGAAGAGAUACAGUGUGGACAAGACGCUCAGUCAUCCCUGGUUACAGGACUACCAGAUGUGGCUGGACCUGAGGAACCUGGAGACGCGCAUGAACGAGCGCUACAUCACGCAUGAGAGCGACGACCUGCGCUGGCAUCACCACGCUCAGCUCAGCGGCCUCGACUACCCCAGCAGCCCCCGCGGCGGCAGACUCGGGUUAGAGCGGUACCAGGAGCAGGAGGAGCUGGAGACGCUGAGCGAGAGGGUCAGUGAGCUGUGAGCACCAGAGACACCAGGAACCAAGAGGAACCAAGAGGAACCAAGAGGAACCAAGAGGAACCUGCUCCAAACACCAGAACCUUCUCCAAACAUCAGAAUCUUCUCCAAACAUCAGAACCUUCUCCAAACAUCAGAACCUGCUCCAAACAUCAGAACCUGCUCCAAACACCAGAACCUUCUCCAAACAUCAGAACCUGCUCCAAACAUCAGAACCUGCUCCAAACACCAGAACCUUCUCCAAACACCAGAACCUUCUCCAAACAUCAAACCUGCUCCAAACAUCAGAAUGAGUCACAGACGAACGUCAGGACAAACGCUGAAGCUUUAAACAGAUAGUUUGUUUGUUUGUUUGUUUGUUUGUUUCUCGCUCGUUCUCCUAAAAAAAACCGAAGUUUCCCUUUAAACAAACAUCAGCUCAGUCUUUCAUCGUUUUCUUAUUCUUCUUCUUAUUAUUAUUAUUAUUAUUAUAAUAAUAAUAAUAAAAAUGGUUAUUGUUGUUUCUCAUCAUUAAAAUGUCCCUAUUUUCAAAUUGAAAUCACAAUAAAUUUAAUUUCUUUUAAAUAUUUGAUGAUUGAUUUUUAAAAAUCACAUAAGAAUUUACUGCAUCCGCCACUUCAAAAUAAAAGCCUUCCUCUAAAUAAAUGAGCAUGUGGAUCAAAAAUAUAUUUUACAUUUCAAAAUCAAAUAAAAAAGAGAGAUAAUUAUAAAUAAAAUAAUCAUCAUUAGAUCAUUUCCAUUUAAUCUUUUUCCUUUUUCUUAAGAAUAAAAAAAAACCUCAAAUGAAAUAAAGAAAUCACUGAUCUAUUUUCACAUGUAUUUCAUAACUUUAAUUUAAUUAUGACAAAGCAAAACUAAUAUUCUGGUUUUGAUUAAAUUUUUUCACACAAUCAGAACAUUUUUCUGAUUUUUGACUUAAAGAACAUUUGUUUAAGUUAAGGUUAAUGUUUAAACGAUCGAUAAAAUCAUUUAAAUCUGUGAGUUUCACAAAAACUAUUAUUUUUGUGAGAAAUUUCGUAAAUGAGUUUUUUUUGUUUUUUUAAAAAAAAGAUUCCACUGAAGUUUAAAUGUUGUAAAAUUUGCUUUAUUUAUAAUUAUUGUUGUUAUUAUUAUUAUUAUUAUUAUUAUUAUCAUUAUACUAUAUAUUAUAUUUCAUUUAGAUUGACCUCAGUGACACAAAGUGACCACACGAGGCAGCGGUAGACCAGCAGCUCCUGUGUCCCUGCAGCUAAAAUCACUGGUUUUCUCUAUGGGCUUUGGUGUGGGAGAGUGAGUGCUUUAUGAACUUCAGUUUCCUGUUGGAAAAGUCUGUCUGUCUGGAUUAUGUCGAAAUUAAAGAUAUUUUAAAACAGCCUGAA